AUGUCUGGUUUCCCCAGCCUUGCUGCUAUAAAGAAAGUGCUUCAACAGCUCUGGCUGGAGGCUGGACUCAACUGUAUCAAAGUAUCCCAGGGAUCUUCAAACUUGAAACAAUUCUGUCUGCAGAAUGUUCCACAUGACUUCCUGCUGACUGGGGUAUCUUCCAGUUCAAAUCUCUCCAGACUCCAGAACGUCUGUUCCCUUUUGUGGUCAAAUGGACCUUUCAAAGGUUUCCCAAACCACUUCUCAUGA